AUGUCACACAGGAGACCCUUAGACGAUCUUGUGACAUUCCCUACCCCAAAGGAGGCCUUUGGUAGGGCCAGUCAGGCUCAACAACACGGCCAUCAACAACAACAACAACAACAACAACAACAACCGAAACAGAGGAGUCAAAGAAAACCUCCCCCGGGUUAUGGAGGAGGAGGAAUGAUGUCUCAUAAUCAACCACAACAACUACAAUCACAGCAGACAUACCCUGGCCAACGACCACAAUACUCUGGCCAUCAGCAACAAGUGCCUGCUGUACCACAACAACAACAACAAUCACAGCGAAUGCCUCAACAACCACAACGAAUGCCUCAACAACCACAACGAAUGCCUCAACAACAGCAACAGCAACAUAUCCCACAACAACAGUAUGCCCCAUCUCCCCAACAAAACAGAAUGCCUUCUCAAUCACACCAGUAUCAGCAACAACAAGCACCUGUUCCUCGGCCACAACAACAUCAAUCAAUGCCAAUGAUACAACCACAACAACAACAACAACUAACAGGUGCUUCUUCGUUGGCACCUCAGUUCACCGAUCCUAUGAUGUCUAAUAAUUACCAAUUCCAGCAUCAACAAUCGCCACCAAAUGAGAUUCGUCAACCUAAUCCUUUGGAAGCCCAAAGCACUUCAGAAGCCGAGAGAAUAGAAGUUAGACUACGUGAUUUGUUCAAUAAGGUCGACCGCAACCGAACUGGGGCGCUAACUGAGAACGAAUUAUCGAUGGCAUUGUUUAAUACCGACAAGACCCAGUUCCAACCAUCGACGGUCAAGCUCAUGAUAAAGUUGUUCGAUAAAGACGGCUCGGGAACCAUUGAUUUCAGAGAGUUUUAUCAUUUGUGGAACUAUAUCAGCCAUUGGAGAACGGUGUUUGGGAUCUAUGACAAGGACAAGAGUAACACUAUCACCUUUAGUGAGUACCAAGAGACUUUGAAAAGCUUUGGCUACAGAUUGCCAACGGAUACCGUAUUAUUUGUGUUCCAGAAAUUCAGUCAUUCAGGAGGCGGGAUCUACUUGAAGUUUGACAGCUACGUGGAGAGUUUGAUUUGGUUGCUAAGAUGUACAAACUCUUUCAAGAAGUACGAUCUGCAAGAAACCGGGGUGGCAGUGUUCCCAUUUGACAAGUAUAUCCAAGAGAUCUUGGGGUUCCAAUGA